AUGCAAAUAGUUAUAAUGAUUUCAAUCGUGUGGACUGUUUACGGAAUUCUAUGCAAGUUCUUAACAAUUCUCCGAACUCUAUUUCUGCAUUUUCUUUCUGGAAUAAUGAAAAUUACAUUUUUCUCUGACCACAUUUACAUUUUAAAAUGUUUAAUUCGUUUAUACAUGCCAGAUAUAAUGAUGAUUAACCUAAACAGAAAUUUAUCAUCCCCCCAAUCUAUUUAUCAAUGUAUUGAUUGGCUUUUAGAUUUUAUAUCAACCAUUUACACAAUUUUUAUAUUAGGACCAAUUUUAAAUUGUUUCUCGUUAUACCUUGGUGGUCGAAAAAAUUUCGGCCGAACUCUAGUCGCAUUAGUAUUAACUUAUUUAUGCUUGAUUCUAUGUUUAUUGUAUACAGUGUUGUUACCACGUCGUCUUUUCAUUUUGAAUUCAUGUUAUUUAUAUAAUGAAUAUAAUUCGAUCAAGUGUAGUUUACAUACUGAGGGUACAUGGUUUUUGUUACAUUUUACAUUAAGUCAUCUAAUCAUCGUCAAUAUUUAUUUCCAUUAUUUAUCUGCUGUUUUCAUUAAUCCCGGCAAUGUAUCACAAAUUCCAUAUAAUACUACUAGUAAUACUAAUACUAUAUGUUCACGAUGUUUUGUAUCACGUCCAAUAAGAGCACAUCAUUGUGCUAUAUGUAAAACGUGUAUAUUAUGUAUGGAUCAUCAUUGUCCAUGGACAGCUAAUUGUAUUGGUUUGUAUACACAUCGGCAUUUUUUUUUAGUAUUGAUAUUUAUGAGUAUUGGUGGGAUAUAUUUGCUAACUGUUGGUUGGUCAGACUUUCGAAACUACUUAGUGGAAAUUAAUCAAAAUCAAAUCAAUACUACUGUAAAGUAUUCAUCGAUUUGGUUCAACCAUAACACAUAUUUACCAUCGAAUAAAUUCUUCAUUGAAUUGUUCAAAGGAUGUUUCAUUUUCAGUGUAAUUGCAGUUCCUUUAGUAAUUGCUCUAUGCACUUGGCAUACAUACUUAAUUAGUAAUGGUGAGACAAGUAUUGAACGACAUAUCAAUGCAAAAUUCACUAAAAUAUUAAAACAACGUGGACUGAUUUAUCGUAAUCCGCAUGAUUUUGGUAUACUUUUAAAUUGGGUAAAAUUUCUAUGCCUUAUUGAUAAGCAUGAAAUGGCUGAUUACGAUGUCAAGAAAAAAUCAUUUCGUUUAUAUUUUGUACUUUUUAAAAGGCUUUUUAAUCGUAUUCUAUUACCUUCAUAUCAUAAACCUUAUGAUGAUGGUUUUAACUAUGAAUUAAGUUUGAAUACUUCCGAGUCAGUUCUAGAAUCUUUAUCAGAGUCUGGAAUGUUUUAA